AUGCCUAUGUUGGUAAUGCCUGUAUCCAGUAAUACCCAAACUUGGGUGAAGAUGAUCUCUGUGAUUGUGUUGGUGGCUUGCUGUGGUGUGGGGACCCUGGCAUGUGGGAACGUGGCUCUCAGAGGGAAUGCAACUCAAUCAAGUACCAACUGGGGAGGAGAUGCGAACAAAGCCAUCGAUGGAAAUCGAAAUGCCUUCUAUAGGAACCAGUCCUGCACUCACACUAACACUGAUGAUAAACCUUGGUGGAGCCUCGAUCUAUUCAAUGCUGUUGAGGUGUUGUCAAUAAAGAUCACAAACAGGCAGGAUUGCUGCUGGAACCGCCUGAAAAACGCUGAGGUCCGUGUUGGACUUUCCUUCUACAACCAUGGCAACGAUAACCCAAUAUGUGGAACUAUUACAGGCCUCAGAGCAGGAGAAACUAAAGUCCUAAACUGUCAUGGAAUGGUUGGUCGAUUCAUCAACAUCAUCCUGAAAGAACGUGGGAUACUAACUCUCUGUGAGUGUGAGGUUUAUGUAAAAACCUGAGAUACUGUAAUCUUCAGAAACAUUGAAUAAACCACUAUCAGCAUCAA